AUGUACCACGCAUUUGAUAUUAUUUCUAUCAGCAUCGUGGUGCAGAUUCACGUGCAAGCAAUGUUCCUACAAAUGACUCACGUUGGAAGCUCCUUUCAACAGAUACUACAGAUUUUGGUGAUAAUUGAACAGAUCUAUUCUUCAAGCUGUCUUCCUUACACUUACGGUACCACAGACUUCGAGAAGAAGAAAUUUAGACGUCUGAACGAAACGGAAGUCCAUCCAUUCAAUCACCCGUUCCUUGUGAUGCUAACGUCUUCAGACACGUACGAACUUCCGUUUUGUCAUGGAACGUUCGUUGACAUCUGCGGAAUGUAUUUCGUCGUCGUCCCUAGUCACUGCUUGCUUGAAGAGUAA